CUGGGAGAGAGUCCAGUGUAGUUGAAGGCAUCCUGCGAUAGAGCCCCCCUCCCAUUGCACAUCCUUGCAUGUUCUGCAACAUUCUGCAGGGCAGAGGCAGGGAGGCUGUGGCCUGGCUCUGGGAGUGACCGGGAGGUGUCCGUGCUCGUGUGCCCUUCAGGGUGGGAGCACCCCCAGUAGCUCUGGGCAGCCGUGGCAGCAUCUUGCGGGGAAGGCCUUGAGUCAGGAGCCUCUAUCAGCACCACCCUGUCACUGUCAUGCCACGCGGACCUGCAGGCGUCCAACCUGGGUGCCCUGGUGGGCAUGUGGGUCCUGGUAGGAUACUGGGCAAGGCACCCUGAGGCCUUUUCUGCUCUGAGAUCUAGGGGUGCUUUUGCCACUUCCCUGGCUCUUACGUGGAAGUCUUGAGCACUGAGACCCAACUGGGUCUCUGGGAGGACAGGGAGGGGUCUGCCUGCUCUGGUCCUGGCAGUUGACUGAGGGGUACUGGGCUCCUAUCAGGGGCGCUAUGGGAGUGACGAUGUCUGGACGGUGCUCAGGGAGGCAGAGGCCAGAGGGAGCUGCAGCCAGGCAGUGGGCACGGCUGGGGCCGGAGGUCCCGGGGCUCCUAAGGAGGUCAUUGAGGGGUGUGGCCUGCCUUGCCUGGGGGUAGUGCCCAGGGGUCUCUGUCCCCAGCUCCUCCAGGGGUGCCUGUGACCCCGCGUGUGCUGAAGCUUCCUGCACACGAGUGUUUUCUCAUGUAAUCCCUGCCUGGUGAACAGUUUUUAAUUCUUAAAAAAUUUUACCAAAAGCUGACAACACCCAGCUCUGCUCUGGUGGGCUGGCAAGUCCUAGCCACUUGUCCGAACGACAGCCUCUGGCUCCAGCCAGAUCCGUGAUGCUCUGGAGGGACCAGCCCUCCCUAUGUUCACGUCCACAUCAUGCUUUUCAUGUUAGCCCUGAACUGAGUCACACUCAUGCCUCCGCAGCCCCUCAGCCUGUCACUUGGGACCCUGAGAUGUGUACCCAGGACAUGCCCCGUUCAUGGACCUUGGGCCUCAGUUACCCUUGCUCACCUGCUCUCCCGGCCCCAACUGAGAUCACUGGUUGAGGGGCUCCUGUGUCAGAACCCUCGGGCUCCCAGGGACCUGGGGCUGGCACAGGGUGAGUAGCUGGAGCAGGGAGGGGACUGGGCCUCCUGUGGGCCAUGGUGGGGAGGGGGUAGACCCACGCCUCAGUCUGCCCAUCAGCACUGGUGGGAUGAGCGAGUGUCGGUCUUGCCCUGCCCUGACUCAGGCUGCCGCUCUGCUCCCCCAAGGGCCCCUGGGUUACCACCAGGAUGGCCCAGUGCUGCUGGCUGGUAGGGGGAGCUUGGCGUGGCCUCAGCCUGUCACUCACCUCCCCAAAACCUGAGGCUGGCUGAGGUUGGGGUCUGAGUGUGGCCUUGACCCUGAAUCUCCAAAAUGUGAGCCUUUUUCUGGUUGGAGGCAGCAUCAAUUUCAUCAAGUUCUCACGAAUAUCUUUGACUCAGGAAAGGUUAAGAAGCCCUCAGUGAGGGACACUUGCCCCCCGCCCCAUGUAAAGCAAUAACCCCUGUCUGGGACAGGCCCUGGCAGGCCGGUCUGCUGUGCUGUUCCACCGCCCAGAGUCGGGGCAGGGAGGGGGACACGGCUGCACUUGCCCACAUGGCACACAGAACCAGGAGCUGAGUUGUGGGGGCCCAUCUGGUGAGUGUCCCCCUCCAGGCGCUGAGCUGCCUUCCAUGUCUCUCCCCCGUCAACCACAGCUCCACCAGUCCUUGGUUGCCCUGUCUGUCUUGCCGGGAACCCCCAGUUCUGCCCUCGCUGAGGCCUUGCAGCCCCUCGGCCCCUGGAUUGGUCUGGGAGGAUUUGCAUUGACCGAGGUCAAACCUGCAGAAGCCAGAGCUGCUCUGCCCUGGCCCAUGGCAGGCAAGCGGGCAUGCCCCUGUCCCCGCACCAGCUCAGUCCAACCCUCCCCAGCUGUCCAGGGGCAAGCCCCCUUCCUCCACCGUGUGUCCCACGUGUUUUCAUGACAACAGAGCUCAACCAGUCAGCUUCAGUGUCGGCCAUGGCUGGGCCAUGGACGCGAGGGUGGACCAUCGCUGUGGCUGUGGACUGGAGAGGGGUCCUUGACAAGAAAGCGGCCAUCAACACAUGGUGUCCUGAGGCCCUGUUGUGUCCGCUCUGUCAUUCAGAUGUCCUUGAGUCCCAGGAAGGGCGAGAGGAUGGACUCUGUCUAGAGAUGGGUGACCAAGGCCAGGAAGGGUGGGCCCGGGCCGGGGCUCUGUGCCUGCCCCCUCCUCCUGAGGGUCUUGCCUGAGUCUCGCUCACCUGUGCAUUGGCUUCAGGGCGGCAGGUGUGGAGAGAGCAGGCCGGUCCUGGGCCCCGUCAGGGUCUUGGGUGCUGUGAAGCCCACCCACCCGUGCUGUUUGCCCUUCCCCGGGCCUGCGCUUGGACUCCACCUCCACCUUCACCAUCCACUGCGCACCCUUAAACCUUCUGCUGGCUGUGGGCUCCCUCCCACCCCUCCCAGCCCCGCCCAUCUGGCACCCUCUGCUACAGCUCACUGGAGCCCUUUCUGAGCCAACAAGCCCCAGAAUGGGGCUCCAGCCCCUGGACCCUUCUCCACUACCCGCAGCUGGUUCUGGCUUCUGUCUCCACACACACCUUGCCCCUGGGCGAGACCAACUGGGGCUCGGUCCUGUGAUGAGUUGGCUGGGGGUUGGGCUGGGCAGUGUAAGACCAAGUCCAGGGGGCUGGCUGGGGGCCCUGAGCCCGUCCCGUUGGAUGUGCAACCCCUGUGGACCUGUGUUCCAGGCUCCCUCUGGCUCCUGGGUCCCUCUGGCCUCAGCAGUAGCCUCGCCAGCAGUCUCUGGGCCCCCAGGGGCCUGCCUCAGCCUUGGCCUCCUCCCUGGGGCUCGAGGCUCGAGGCUUGCCUUCUGGCAGCCCCGCUGCUCCGCAUUUGAUCUCUUUAGCAGGUGGGCUGGGCCUGGGCCAGGAAGUGGGACGUGGCCUCCCCCAGCUCACGGGGGCCUUGACCAGGUGUUGCUGAUCCCAGAAGCAUUUGGACAGGCCAGGAGCCUUCACAGAAAUGGAGGAAGGGUGGCCUGGGGCACUCACUGCCCUGCAACACCCUGGAUGGUCAGUUCUUGAAGUGAGGCUGCGUUGUGGCCUUGCUCAGAAGCCCUGGUCUUGAGACAUCUGGGAAGGCCUCACUGAGGGGCCGGUGCUGACAGUCUGGGGGCGCAGGCCAAAAGAAGAGCAGGUGCAAGUCACAGGUGUGUGGCAGUUUGCACAGGGUUGGAGAGCGCUUAGCGUGGUGAAGUCCCAGAGUCCUGCCAGGUGGGGACGCAAGGUCUGGGGCAGUGGAGCCAUGCUGGGGCCUUUGAAGAGUCUUGGGAGGGCACUGUGUGAGCGAGUCCAUGAGUUCAACAGGCUAAUGAGGGUGUGGAGGAGGGCUUGGCAGGCAGGGGUCUAAAGUGGAUUGAGACUCUUGUGGUCUGAAGUGGAUGGAGAGCUUGGCUCUGCCCCCUGCGGCUGGGGAGUGCCCUGCUCUUCCUCCCCUUGCCCUCGUCCAUUAUUUUGUCACUAGACUGAGCCUGGCCUCCAGCCCCUAGGGCAAGCCUGACCUGAAGUCCUUCUCUUAGCAGAGGCUACAAGGACACUGUUCCUGCCUCUACCAGAGGGUCAGGCAGGGCAUGGAGUGGCCUGGGACACGUCCCAGGGACAGGGACUUCUCACAUUGGACAUGCGUGAAACACACACAUGAAAACACUCAACAGUGGAUGCAGGAGUGGUCACUGUCUGGCCACACCUGACCCAACCCUCUGAGGGGAUCCCGGCAUGGGCCCACUGGCAGCGCCGCCUGCUCCCUCGGCAGUCAGGAGUGGCUCGGGGGUGGCGGUGUCUAAAGGGGCUGGUUGCCAUGGCUACCAUAGGGUUCCGAGGCCGUCAUCUGGUCCCUGCCUCAGCCAAUCGGCGGUGGGAGCCCGAGCUGCAGCCUGGAGUCACGCUUCUUCCUCCCAGCCACACAGUGGCCAAGAGCAGGGACCCGCUUCCUGGAGUGGCUGAAAGUGCUCAGACGGACGGCCAAGCCCAUCAUGGCGGACCGAGGGAUGGCGGGGCGCGAGCAGGCACACGGAGCCAGGCAGGUGAGGGCGGGGGCCCUGAAGAGCUGGAAGCCCAAGGGCCCUGUUCUGGCCCCAGGGCCUGGGGGCACCUGCCGCCAUGGGCCAGGAGGAGGAUGGACAUGGACGCAACCCUGGGACGCAGCAGCAGCUCUGCAGAACCAAGGCAAGCAUUGGGGGCCCGUGUCUGGGAGUGGGGAGGCAGCUUGAGAGCCAAUGUCCAGGAGGUCCUGCUGUCUGUCCAGCCCACCCAGGACUCCACACUCCACAGAGACCACACUGUGCCAUGAGGGCCACCACUCUGCCUCCUCUGAGGCUCUGAGGCUUAACAAGUUGGGGGAGGAGCUGCGAGGGCGUCCCCCAUGCCCAGCACUGCAAGGCCUGGGGCCAUUCUAGCCGGAUGCGGGCGAGAGUGACACUGCUGCCAGGACCCCAGUGGGGUCAGUGUGGGUUCAGCAGUGCAGCUCCUGUGAUGUGCUGUCCUAACCCAUGGCCUCCGCCCCUGCCAAGCCGGCCCCGAGGCAUGAUGAUGACCCUAGGAGGGGGCCUGGGCCCUUGGCAGGCUGGGGAUGCUUCCCUGGUCCUCAUUCCUCACUGCUCCUCUUUCCUACAAAACCCUGAGCAGUGGAUGGUAUGUCGAGUCCUCGGAGAGGCAGGAUGCCAGUGGCUGGGGGCUGGGAUGCCUCUGUACCCACUCCCCCCAGGCAAGCACCACCAAUGGGCAGCUGGGUGGGAGGUUGGCUGGUGGCUCAAGGAACACUGAGCCAGGACUUCUGUCCUUGCUUGGGAGCUGUGAAGGAUGAGAGUGGGCAGGGAGGGUGAGCAGUGUCCAGGAGAAGAUGCGGUGGCAUUAGAGGUGACCUGGGGGAUUCGGGGGGGGCAGGGUAGUGGAAGGAUGAAGGUGGGCAAGUGACCAGAUACACCCAGGGAGGGUGGUGUGGAGGAGAUGUCAGGGAGGGGCCCUGACGGGCUAUGGGAACCAGAGAGCAGAUCAGAUGGGGGCUGUUGGGGAAGGUGUGGGAUGGACGAGGUGCUGGGGAGCCCUGGGCUAGGAGGUUAGGUCUCUCUGUGGCCUGAGCUGUACCCUCCUCGUCUAUAGAAUGGGGGUAUAGCCCUUCCCUGGAGGCUGCUGGUAGCAUUUCUUGAGGUGCCAGGCCUGGCAUGGCUCUGCAGAGGACAGGGUCCUGGGUGGUGGCAGAAGUGAUUCCUUAGGGGCAAUAAUCAAUUCCUGGUGCUCACAUCCAUCCCUUGGGGAGGAGUUGGUGGUGGGUGGGAAACAUGGAGUCGGCCACCUGGGCUUGUGCAUAGGACAAGGGCUGCUAUGGUGACAGUGGGGGGUGUGGGGAGUGCAGGGGAUGGGGAGGGCAGUGGGUGCAGGGAUCAGCACAUCCAGAAGCCCUUGCUCUCAGGCUGGCCUGGGCGAGUGGGACCCACAGCCUGUGGUGGGAAGGGGAGCCCUGUCCAGAACCUGGAUGGUGCCUGGGAGAAAUCGAGGCAGAUGGGCCCAGCUGGGGUGAGGCCUCAGCCAGUCUCAGCCACAGCUCUUUGGCAGUGGGGUUACUGCCUAAGUGACAGCCAGCAUUUAUGGGAUGUCUCCUGCCCACUGUGUGCCUUGGCCCUCUCUGAGUCCAGACUGCCUGGGGACUCAGGGAGUGCAGAGCCCUGGCCCAUCUUCUCAGGGUCCUGGCCAGCUAGGGGGCAGCCGGCAUGGAGAAGGUGGAGACUGGGGCUGGUGGUCACCAGGGGCUCAGGUACCGGUCAGCCUGGCUCUGCCCUCCAACCACCCAACUCCUGGACACUUGCUUCCUUCAGUCCGCGGGCAGUUGGUGGCCGUCCUCCUGCAAAGGUCCUCCUGUCCAGGGUGGCGGGCAGGGAGCCCCGAGGUCUCCAGUCCGUCUGGCCACCACGUCCGCCCGGGCACCAGCUGCUCGCCCCGAGCGGGUGGGAGGCCGGCUGGGCGCGGGCCGACCUUGGGAGGUGGACACCGGUGUGGGCGGCAGAAAUGGGCUGCCUCCUAGCGUGUGCCCACAUGAGGGGCACCGGGCUAGUUGGGUGCCAGGCCGGUCCUCUCGGUGGCCGGGGUCCUUCAGGGAACCUCGCGGGGACGUCUCCCCACGCCGCGUUCCGGGACGCCAUAGCCCAGGUGGACGAGCGUAGCGUCCCGCCGCCCGUCCAGGGUCCCUUCGACGGCAUCCUCGCCGAGCGGCGCGACCACAGCCCCGCCCCACGUCAGUGCAUCUCGUCUCGCCAGCUCGCUCCGCCCGCCUCGCGCCGCAGGCCCGCCGGGACGCUCUGGCCCCGCCUCCGCGCCCUGGCCCCGCCCCCCUCAGGCUCCGCCCUCCCCGGCGCUCCGGCUCCGCUCCCGCUCUCGGCCCCGUCCACACGCUUGGCCCCGCCUCCGCGGCAGAGGCUCCGCCCACACGUUCCCCGCCUUGUUUCCGCAGUCUGGUUCGGUCUCGCGUUCUCGGCGCCGCCCCACGUCCCGGCCCCGCCCCGCGCUCCCGGCCCCGCCCCACAGUCUCAGUUCCGCCCCACGUCCCGGCCCCGCCCCCACGCUUGCGGCCCCGCCCCCGCUCUCCGCCACGCCCCACGCCCUUGGCGCGCCCCACGUUCCGGCCCCGCCCCACGCUUGCGGCCCCGCCCCGCGCCCGGCCCCGCCCCCGCACUUCCGGGCGGCGCCGGCGGGGGCGCUCCGGCCUGGGCUUGUGCGUCGGGUCCGGCUCCCCGCUCGGGGAAGCGAUCGCGGCUGCUGCCGCCGCCGCAGGACCGGCCGGAGUCGGGCCGGACCGCGUCCCCGGGACCAGGCCAGGGAGAGCGGCGGCCGGCCUCGGCGGCGCCCCGCGGCCUGCCCCGCGCCCGCCUCCGGGCCGCCGCGCCGCCGCCGCGAUGGGGGCCGCCCCGGGCCGCGCCCCCGCCCCGUCCCGCCCGCCGCGCCGCCGCUGAGCGCAUGGGCCGCGCCGUGCCGCGCCGCUCCGGGAGCCGGGCCCGGGGCCCCGCCGCCGCGCGCGGGUGA